AUGGUGCAGGGUGUAAACGCGCGCUACCAUCUGCCUCGAUCGGUGCUCCAAGAAAACCUCACACAUGCAAGCCCGGCAAGAAAGAUGCUGCCAACUCUCAAGAUAUGGGCAUUGUUUUCUCUGUCGCUCUGUUUUCUGUCUCAACCGGGUCAUUUGAAGAAGGUUUUCCGAUGUCCUUCAGCAUGCAGCUGCUCCAGGGAGUCUAUCAUUUGCGUCGGGUCCUCCUAUGUCCCAAGGAUUACCCCCAACGACAUCAGUUCUCUGAGCAUCAUCAAUGGGACUUUCUCCGAGGUCAAAGAGGCAAUGUUUGCUCACAUGCCAUCUCUCCAGUUACUACUUUUGAAUUCCAAUUCUCUUACAACUGUGAGGGAUGACGCAUUCUCAGGACUUCCACAUCUGGAGUAUCUGUUCAUUGAGAGUAAUAAAAUAGAGACUGCAUCCAAAUAUGCCUUCAGAGGACUCAGGGACUUGACUCACUUGUCUUUGGCAAACAACAACAUUAAAGCCUUGCCCAGGGACAUCUUCAUUGACUUGGACUCACUUAUAGAGCUGGACCUGCGAGGCAAUGCCUUUGAGUGUGACUGCCGUGCCAAGUGGCUGAUGACGUGGCUGAAGAACACCAAUGCCACAGUGUCGGAUGUCGUGUGUGCCGGGCCAGAGGACAUGAAGGACAAGCGCCUCAAUGAUAUGACCAGCCUGCACAACGAAUGCGUCUCAACGGAUUUCGUCCUACAUCAGUCCGUGGCAUCCGAGUCUUUGUCUGUUGACACAUUCAGCUAUAAGAAUGAUGUGUAUGUGACUAUUGCUGCUCCCAGCUCAGACAGCUGUAUGGUUUUCCAAUGGGACCACAUAGAAAUGAACUUCAGGACUUAUGAUAACAUCACAGGUCAGUCCAUUGUGGGGUGCAAGUCAGUUGUCAUCCAGGACCAGGUGUUUGUCAUCGUGGCUCAGCUCUUUGGUGGUUCCCACAUCUACAAGUUUGAUGAAGACCAAAGCAGGUUCAGCAAGUUCCAGGACAUUGAGGUGUCCAAGAUCUCCAAGCCCAAUGACAUUGAGGCUUUCAAGAUUGGCUCAGAUUGGUUCUUUGUGAUAGCCGACAGCUCGAAAGCGGGCCUGUCAACCCUCUACAAGUGGAACGAUAAGGGCUUUUAUUCAUACCAGUCGCUACAUGAGUGGUACCGCGACACAGAUGCAGAGUUCUUGGACUUGGAUGGGAAGGCCCACCUUAUCUUGGCAAGCCGCUCACAGGUCCCCGUCAUCUACCAGUGGAACCGGAGCAACCAGAAGUUUGUCCUGCAGGGCGAGAUCCCCAACAUGGAGGAUGUUGUUGCUGUAAAGCACUUCCGGAUCAAGGAGGAACUCUACCUGGCAAUGACACGCUAUAUUGGUGACUCCAAAGUUCUACAUUGGGGUGCCAAAGUGUUUGCAGAGAUCCAGGCCGUGCCCUCACGAGGCUCCAUGAUUCUCCAGCCUUUCUCCUUCAAAGAACGUUACUACCUGGCCCUGGGAAGUGACUACACCUUCUCGCAGAUCUACCUAUGGGAUGAUGAAAAGAAACUCUUUGACCGCUUCAAGGAGGUGUACAUUCAGGCACCGCGCUCCUUCACUGUGGUUUCCACUGACCGCAGGGACUUUGUUUUCACCUCUAGCUUCAAGGGAAACACACAGAUCUUUGAGCACAUCAUCAUUGACUUGAGCUUGUGA